AUAUAAUAGAAAAAAACAUUAACGUCAUUUCGAUAAUUAUCGUGUAAAGUAAAUGAAAACGAAAAUAUUGAUGACGAGAACAAUUAAGAAAGAAGAUAUCUACUAAAAUAGAAUUCCGUGACAACUAACGCCAUCUCUUGGUCAUUGAAGUUAAAUAAAUCAAGAUGGUUGAAGACACAACUCAGCAGUCGGACCGCGUGUCCGCGGCUGCUGUACUACAGUUCGCAGCUAGAGAAGCGAGGGAAGGCAGGAGGUUUGCGGAGUUUGGAGCGCAUGCGUUUGCCAGCAUCACUUAUAAUGCAUAUGCAACACUCGGCGAGAUGGGCGGCAGCGGCACCAGCUCCUCGUCAUCACACAUGUCCCCUGGCUGGCAGGUCAACGAUCUCGACCUGGACCUGCCCGGCGAGCUGUCCAUGAACGAGGCGCUGCUGUCUUUGCCGUCGUUGGCCGUCUUCAAGCAAGAGGCGCCCUCACCUACUGGCAACGUUCUGUCUCCACCUCGUCGCGCCUGGCCGGCUCGCAGGACCGAGGACAGACAGAUAACCAAUAUGGUGAUUGACAAUCGUGAUGGUAUGGAGGAUACCUGCCAGCAGUCCUCACCACACCACGGCAUGAUGAAUACGCACUCCAGUCCAGAGAGCAUGCAGUGCCAAUCAAUGUCAGUAGGUGUGAUGCCGAUGAACGGCUAUCACUCGCCAACUAAUCAGGAGAAUAAAAAUGCUGGUCUGCUGAUGUGUUCUCCAGUCAGCUCUCUGGACGGUUUCCUACAUUCGCCCUCCACCCGUCCUGACACCAGCUUCAAGGACGAUACCAGAUUCGAUUUCUUUUCUAGAUUUCAAUAUGUCUUAGCCGCGGCCACGUCCAUAGCGACCAAGCAGAACGAGGAGACGCUGACGUAUCUGAACCAGGGUCAGCCGUACGAGAUCAAGUUGAAGAAGCUUGGUGAUCUGUCGCAUUACAAGGGGAAGAUUUUGAAGAGUAUAAUUAAGAUCUGCUUCCACGAACGUCGUCUGCAAUAUGCCGAGAGGGAGCAGAUCGCUCAGUGGCACGCCGAGCGUCCCGGCGAUAGAAUCCUUGAGGUGGACGUGCCGCUGUCGUACGGCGUGCUGCGCGCCGAGCUGCCCGCCAGCCUCAACGCGCUGCACGUGUACUGGGACCCCACCAAGGACGUCGGCGUCUACAUCAAGGUGAACUGCAUAUCAACGGAGUUCACGGCUAAGAAGCACGGUGGCGAGAAAGGCGUGCCCUUCCGCAUACAGAUCGAGACCUACCUCGCCGCUGAGGACCAGAACAGGCUGCACGCCGCUGCUUGUCAGAUUAAGGUGUUCAAGCUGAAGGGCGCCGAUCGCAAACACAAGCAGGACAGGGAGAAGGUGCUCCGUCGACCAAGAGCCGACCUCGACAAGUACCAGCCCGGCUGCGACGCGACUGUCCUCACCACCCUGUCCAACGACGCCCUGAUGCCGCCGCCAUCGCUGGUGACUACCUCGCCGCCGUACUCGCCGGAGAUGUGUGUCGCCCCGAAGUCUAUCGCGAGUCCAAUAUUGGUCAACAAGCCAGUUUUAACACAGCCUUCAAUUCUUGCUACACCCAACCAAAUGAAACCACUUUACUGUCAGGACGGUGGAGACGUGAAGGUGAACAGUCCACCGUGCCACUCGCCUGGCGCCAUCCUGCCUGACCUGCCGCAGCCGGCUGAGGAUCCCGACAAGCACUGCGGGCUGUCGAAGGACGCGUCGUCGGCGGAGACGUCGGCGUGGCUCGCGCGGAACCGCUUCGCGCCGCACGUCGCCACCUUCGCCAACUUCUGCGGCGCCGACCUGCUCAGACUUUCCCGGGACGACAUUAUCCAGAUAUGCGGUCUCGCUGACGGCAUUCGUCUGUUCAACGCGCUGCACGCCAAACGCAUCGAGCCGCGGCUGACGCUGUACGUGUGCGCGGGCGGCGGCGGCGGCGGCGCGGUGCACAGCGCGCUGUACCUGCACGCGGCGCGCGCGCACGAGCUGCUGCUGCGCCUGCGGGCGCUGCUGCCGCACGCGCAGGAGUGCGAGACCGUCCUCGUGUCGGGACCCAACAACGCCAGAGUUCGUCUCACGGACGAGCUGGUCCGUCACUUGCCUGACAAUUCUACAUACCGCCUGGAGAGAAUCGAGGACAACGCGCUGUUGCUCAGCCCGACUGGCAACUGACAUCAAACCGAUAGCCGACUGACAUAAUUACUGGCAAACCGACAACAAUGUCGUCAAUGACUGAUAUGAUGAAAACAUAACUGGCAUAUUACAACAAAGCCGUUACACGAAAGGAAUUUAUUUUGUGGCUGGCAACUAACAACGACCAGCCAGCGACUACCAAGAAAGAAUUAUCAAGUUGUGAACACGAUACCUUCAUUAAUAGUACAUAAAUAAGUACAUAAAUGGUUUGUGCUUUUUGACGUAGAGAUAAAGAUUUUAUUGUAAUAUAAAUGUUUAUGAUUAAAAUAUCUUAAAUGUAUAGUUCAAAAGGGAUCUGUGUCUUAAACCAAUUGUGAUUAUACAAUAUGAUAAUAGAAAAGUGCCUUAAGUGAAUAAAAAAUACAAGAAUUUAAUAUUUAGACGCAUUUAUAUAUAACAAUGUAAACAAAUUUAGUCCUGAAUAUUAAAUACUGAUUGAGUAGAACAGUUUAUAGCGACCUUGUCAAUUACUUUUUGUUUGGUAUAUUGAUUGCUAUGAUAAUGCAAUUUUUAUAGGACAACCAUAUUAUAAAUAAUUAUAAUGGGUCAAGUUUUGAAUUGGUAAAUAAUACUUUUUAUUAUUUGGUAUUCGUGUAUCCAUGCUCGGUUGUCAUGGAAGAUAUUGUGAGAAAACAUGCAUAGGUCGGAUGAAAAUCUGACACGUUUGUAUCCACCAACCUGCACUGGAGCAGUGUAUACUCUGAACCUUGUCAAAGGAAGAGGCCCAGCUGUGUUCAUAGCUGUUAUUGUUAACAUACUAUGGUGCCACCUGGAAUAGACUUUAAACAGAUGUUGUAAUCUAUGAAGACUCAUACCGAGUUACCAUAAAGUUUAAAAAUUGAAAUUAUUUAAGUUAAGUAGGCAGCUUUUAUGGACGUCGUAUUGAUUAUCGGUAAAACAAUGCGUGUGGACGUACAGAAGGUCCCUGUUCAGUGUAUUAAAGUUCAUAAUAAUAUUGAGUAGAUUUUCUUUAUAUGAUAGAUACCAUUUAACAACAGUUACUAUUUUGAGUAGAAUUAUUAUGGCUCUACUUGAUUUGGUUUAGCGUGCUCACGUAAAUAAUUCGUUCGACUAAAUAUUUGUUGUAAUCGCAAAACUUGAACGGAACUUAUAAUUCAAUACAUCGCAACGAGAUGUAAUCGGUUAUGCAAAUAUUUGCCUCGUGGAUAUCGGAUAUGUAACGAAACGUAUAUGCAAUUUGCGUUAUUCGCUUAUACUUGAGCAAACGAAACGAAUAUUAAUUAUAUAUAUACUACACAUGGCCAUGUUUGAAGGAUAUAUAAAUGCGCGAGCACAUUUUGCCAAGUAAAUGGUGCCAUUUAAUGGACAGAUGUAUGGGGCCAGGAUAAUUAUUAUACUAUAAAUAGUAUUUCCUUUAAUUGACGUGUGUGUGUAUGUGUGUACUAUUUCACCUCAUCAUAUUAACGUUAUUAUUAAUUGUAUUAAAAUAUGUUUGUUUAUUAAUUUUUAGUGUUUAUCUCGUUGUGGGUUUCUUUACUUCAUUAUGACCUAAAAUUAUAAUGCAGUAAAGAUUUUGAAGAAAUCUUAGAUUAUAAUUCAAUUGUAUCGAAUCGUAAUUAUUCGUUUGAUUAUUAUUAUUAAACCUUAGUUUUUCAUUCUAGAGUACAUCAUUUAAUAUAAUUUGGGCAUUGUAUAGUAAAUAAAGUCCGGUCACAUGUACGUUGCGUUGAUUUGAGCAAACCAGUUUGCGCAGUUAAGCGCUCGUGUAAACGAAUGAAUAACGAGUUUGCAAGUAUUCAAAACGAAUCUUUUCGCUUUGGAUGGACUGCGCAAGUCGUGCAUGUAACUGGAUCUUAGACUAAUUUAAUUCAACUAUUUUUACCUAAAUAGAGUAUUGUAGUGAAAUGUAGAUUUAAUGGUAAAGUUGUACAAUUUAAUCAUUAUCCUUUCAAAGGAUAUUCAGGGACCAAUUUUAAACGGUCGUAUAAUCUGUGAAAACUAUAUCGGUUUUGUUUUUAUUCAUAUAUUAAUUUUUAGGUUGACGUCAGAUAUUUGUUAAUAGAAAGCGCCAAAUAGCUCCCAGAUUAAAUAAUGCCAACAAGCGAACGUGCAGCAGACUUGUAUUAUAUUGUUAUUAACAAAUUUCUGAAGCGUGAUCUAUUACUAAAUCAUAUUAAAGUUUAGUUAAGAUUAAGACAUUUUGAUCAAUACUGGCUAUAACGCUUCUAUAAUAAAAGAACGGAUACAUUCAAAAAUGUUUCUUUUGCAAGAUGCGUGUAAAAAGCUAGUUGGACCGCGUAUGCUUGAGCAAAACCAGAAAACGUGUUUUUCUUUUGUAUAGAACAUGUGGUUUUCAUUUUUCGCUGUCGCUGCGUGUGUCCGGAUCUUAUUAGUAUUAACUAUACUGACGUCAUACGGAUUUUUUUCCGUGAAACGUUCAAAAUGUAAUGCAUACAUGAAGUACAAUAUGUUGUUUUAUUAUAUAUAAGUAUAAUAUACUAACUAAAAGUACUCAGAUACAUAUGACGUUAGUAUAUAUAUAUAUAUAUAUAUAUAUAUAUAUAUAUAUAAUAAAUAGUUUUUAAUUUGCAAUAUUUUAGUGCAAUGUUAUGUUGACAUUAAAUAUACGGCAGCUAUACUCAUUUGUUAUUUGUUGUUUAAAACAGGAAUUGAAAUGUUAUUAUGUGUAAGGUUAUUAUCGGAUAACGAAUUAAAUUCAUUUUAGUUUAUUAAUAGUGAAAUUAUUAUCUAUAUAAUGAUUGUAAUGUAUGUUUUUGUAGAAAAUAGUUUUGAAAUCGAAACGGACGCCAGAGGUGCCUUGAAAUGCGUCACAGGAUAAUUUAGCGCUCGUUACAUUGUGGAGUAUUAAAAUAUAUUUUUUUAGGUUUUAUACAAUAUCUAAGACUAUAUUACUAAUGCAUGAAUCGCUUUGUUACGAUGCGUAUGUCGUAUAUCGUAGUUAAUAAAUGUAUUAAAGUUAUCACAAA